UUGCUCCGGUUAAAAAUAUUUAGCCAUGGUUUUUGCAAUGCAUUGAUGUCUGAUGAUAAUAUUAUCCAUGUCCCGUCUCUAACUAUCAUCGCAGAUUGCAUGGUUAUCACUUAUCACUUGUAGCUCUCAACUAUCAACUUGGGCGUGUUUAUUAAUUUGUGAGUUGUGUUUACUGUUUACCAAACAUUAAAUUAUUUUGAAUAGUUAAUAAUGAACACCAUAAAUUGAGUUUACAUUCCGAGUUCGGGUGUAUGCGUAUUUUUUCGUCUUACACAUUUUAGAAAACAGUUUUGAUUAUUGAUAUUAAUUUUAAUAACGGCAAUAAUUCAAUGUGAUCAUCUUACAAUUUAAAAAAAACCUACAACUCCUACAAGUUAAUUUUUUUUUGCUGGAUUUUAUCGGUUGAUAAUUUAGUUAUUUUAUUUUUUUGUUUUAUUAUACAUUUUUUGAUUUCACUAAUUCCAUCGAAAUGUACGCCCGAAGUAAAACUCCUAGUAUGGGAACACCAUCCGUGUACUCGAUACACGCCAGUCAUCUGACUAUCAGAUCUUCUAACUUGCGAUCGACUCGUUCCAUGAAAUCUUUACGUGUACCAUGGUACCAACGUCCUAUUUUGAAAGAUGCCUUCUUCCUUGAUACGCAGAGAGGUGCACUUGUCAUCGCCUUCUACUCACUGUUUCUAAGCAUUUUUACGUUGGUGACAUCUGCGUUUGACACAUAUUGUCUGGCCAUGGCUGCUCCUGGAUCUACACAUUAUGGCUACUAUGUCAUGAGCUAUCAGUUUGUAUAUGUCGGAAGUUCUUGGGUCAGAAAUUUAUUGGUCUUAUUCUCGUUGUUUUCAUUUGUUGUGGCAGCUGUUAUUUUUGUGACAAGUUUGAUUUUGAUAUCUGCAUUACGCAAGGAGCACGAGAAACGGAUUGUGCCUUGGUUAUUUUCAUUUGCCGCAUUUACAAUAUUUCGAUUUAUUGCCUGGUUGUUUUCUUCAAUAGCCAACGAUCCCAUAUUUGGAUAUAAUUUUACUAUGAUUUUGCUGGGUGCAUUGUUCAGCGUCAUUAAUGUUUAUGGUUGGAUACUUGUAUAUUCGUUGUAUUUGGAAUUGUUUGAUUUGACUAAGCUUGAAGAUUUAGCACAUUUGAGAAUUGGAACUAUGGCCUCGCUAAAUGCAUCAACAACACAUUCUUUAGCUGGGUCUCGUCCUACUACUCCUCAUAGUACAGUUUCCACUGUCCCAGUGUAACAAGAUUUAAUAUUUUAUUGAUAAAUCAACCAGGAAUGUAGUAUUUAUUUUUUAUUUACAAACUAUAGUUUAGUCGCUUAUCCAGAUCUGACAUAGAUUUAUCCAAGUAUCAACUUGGAGUAAUAAAGUCUGGAAUAGCGAAACUCCACUAUAUGAUAGAUAUUAUUAUUUAGAAUUAUGAAAAUGCGCUUGACACAAUGUAAUCUUAUCCGUCCAUUUUGUGUUCAAAUGUUUAAAAUCGUUGACAAUUAAUCAGUAUUUUUAUUUUAUUCUUAAGUAUUAUAUUUCAUUUUUAUACUUGAAUACAUUUUAUAUCAUUAUUUUUUAUUGUUAUUUUUACGUGGGUUAAAUACAUUGUACAUUGACAGCCAAUGCUUGGUUUAUAUUUAGUACAAUAGUAAACAAAACAUAACUUUCCUGUUAUAAAUAGGGGAAAUUAAAUUUUUAUUAAAAAUUUACAGUGCCAUAUUUAUGUAGGGGCAAUGAGGUUUUUAUUUCAUUAGAUAAUUUAUCAUGACUAUAUAUUUUGUUGGACUUAUAAAAAACAUAAAAACUGUAAU